AAUUGAGAUUUAUUAACGCUCCAUUUAUGAAACAAAGAGGUUAAAUUAUAGUAGCCAUCCUAAUUUUGUUAGAUUUGUCAUUACUUACUCAUUAAUAAUGCUUGAAAAGAUAAGCAACAAUGAGGUCAAUCAUAAGAGGGAAGUACAAGAACGCUCUACAUAUAUCAAAUGGGGCAUUAAUAUCAUCCAAAAAUGAGGAUGUAUUUGUUUAAAGGAAUUCUGGAAGUUGCUUAAGAGAUACAAUAUAUGAAGUAAAUAGCUCGACUGGUUUCAUGUAUUGUAUGUAGGGAUUUUCAAUUUCGUUGAAAUUACGGUAGAAAUGUGAACUAAACACUUUAAAAUUAUGGAUUUGGGAUAGAGAUAAUAGAUUUCAAACAUUUUAAGCAUAUGUGAAAGUUGGUAAUAUGGAAACUAAAAUUUAUGAAACCAAUAUCGCUUAAAGUGUAGUUACAAUAAUAUUCCCAGACUAAUUUGUUGAAGAAUUUAGAAUAUAUAACGUUGCUGGUAAUACUUACAAUCAAGGAUUACAUUUGAUUAAAGUUGAAGCAUACUACAAGUUAUAAACUAAUUUGUUAUAAUGA